CGGAUGCUGUUCAAGCUCAAGACGAACUGAGUCAAUCCGACGUAACUUAGGACCUACUUAAACAAGUCACGGACUCUUCGAGCACCCUGUGCCCUCCCAACAUCGCACAUCCGAACCAAUGCCGCCUGAAAGAUCUCCCAAAAAGCAGUCUCCUAGCACCCCUAGCACCCCUAGGAAAGCGCGAACUCAUGGAUCUGGGGCGACUACUGAGCUAUCGAGCCCUAAGAGCCCAACCAAGACUCAGAUCAAGAACAAGUGGUUAAAGUGGUGUGCGGAUAACAGAUGGGAUCCAGCCACCGACCUAGGUUAUAAACAGAAGAUAGGUACUCAGGAAGUGCAUAGGAGCGAUGCAAUGUCAUAUUUCUGCUUGAAGGACUACGAGAUCAACACGGUCCCUUUCAUCACAUUUGAGAACCAGUACAACGAAAAUGCUCCAGGUCGUUCCUAUAACCUUUCAAAUCUGCGUACCCUCGUCUCCCGGAAGUCCGCAUAUUUGGCGGGACUCAACGACGAUUUCGAUCUCAAAAAUAAUGAAGUUGAGCUCCUCAGAGCAGGAUGGAAUCUUUUUCAGAAAGAGAAUGAGAAGCGUGAAGAGCGCUCAAAGGCGAAAGGAAGAACUCGCAAGGCACUCAAGAUUGGGGAGAUCUUUCAGCGUCGACAAUCAAACACAGAUGAUGAAGGUUAUGAGAUCAUCGAGCGACCUUUUGGCUCGUGGACGACUAGGGUGUAUGAACGCGGCGAAUACAUUGGAGAUUGGCUGAAUUUCCAAUUCGAUCCUGAUGCGAACGAGUACGAGGAUCUGUAUAAGAGCUUCAAGCGAUUCCGACCUCGGAAUGCUAACUGGGUUUGGAGGUAGUGGGUAGCCGCGGCAUCUGAAUUUUGGAGCAGUUAUGAUUUAUUGAAGAGUUUCGGAAGUCAUGAGGCUUACUUUGGACAUACAAGGUCUGUCGGAUUUUGAAUGCGGUCCAUGCUACGAGCAGCCCACGCCAGCCUCCCGCUGAUCUUUAUUUCCAUAUGAGUCACUGCGUUUCACUUCUGUUUGGGGGCUCGUGGUAUCUACAUACACGGUCCCUGAUGUCUUUUCUCUCUACGAUAUUUCACAUACAGGUUGGAGUUUUUCUGUUUUUCUCAGCUACCCUUGCCACUUUCCCAUUUGUUCGUCUUUUUUCUUUCUCUUUCUUCAGAUCUUUGUGUCAGUUUUUUUCUCUCUUAUAUGUAACACCAGUGUUGGCUUGAGCUUGGGUUCCCUCCAGGGUCCCUUGCGAAAGAACACAGCUGAUUUGUAAUCCUGUAAUCUAUAGUGUACCCUCUGUACCUCUAUGUAUAGCAACAUCUUAUCAUCUUAUAAUCAC